AUGGCAUUGUCUUCUACAUGGACGGGCCGAAUAGCUAAACUUAGUGAAAAUAAAACUCUGAAAUCAAGAACAUGUAAAGUGUUCUUGAAACAUCCAGAAAGAGAUAUAUGUCAAUGUGGUCGUCUAAAGCCGAGCCAUAGUUAUGAAACACUUGAUAUGAAAACUCUAACUGAUCGAGCCGAUCAAACCAGAGAAUGGAAUGAAUUUCCAGACACAACUGCAGUUCCUAUCAACGUCUAUGGUCAAUUAUCGUCCAAUGGACCGAAAUUUGUUCGUUGUGACAAUCGAACGAAGCCGGUAGACUUGUAUAAUUUAAUUCUCGACGAUUGCAACAAUCAAAAACCAAAUCUGUUAAUAAGUGCUUAUGGCGGUGCAAAAUUUUUCACCCUAAGUGAACGUAUAGAGAAAGAUUUUGUUACUGGUAUUAUUGAUUUAGCCACAAGAGCAGAUGCAUGGAUUCUGACAGCAGGUGUAAAUAAUGGCGUCGCAAAUCUGAUUGGUGAAGGUAUUUCGCAAUAUCGAGUACUGAAACAACAUCCGAAAUCGAUUAUAUGUAUUGGUCUGACGCAAUGGGGAAGUCUGACUGAACGGACACGAUUGAAAUUGAAACAAACGACUCCAAAUUACCCUGAACAGCUGACCUAUAUUAGACAAGCUGAGCCAAACCUGGAAGCAGAUAGUGAAGAUCUGGAACUAAAUCAUACACAUUACAUUAUAUUAGACAACGGUCAGUUGCGUGGUCAUCUCAGUGAUAAGCCGCGCGAACAAUUCGUCAGUCAAGCGACGCAAGAUGGCAGCUGUUAUGGAAUCACGAUUAUCGUGGAAGGAGGUGCAAAUACUCUAGAAGUCGUUCAAAAUGAUCUUGAUGCGAAACGGCCUGUUGUUUUAAUCCAAAAAAGUGGCCGAAUAUCGGAUGUGCUGGCGAGUUUGAUACAGUUGACGUCAAGUGCUGAUCGAACCAAGUCUAGAGAACCGACUCAGGCGGAAGUCGAAGAACAUCUUUAUAAAUAUUUUCCUGCGUUGAAAGAAGAUAGAGAUCGAACGACUCGUAUCAAACAGAUUCUUGAAAUUAUGAAAACUACGAAUCGAUACUUAUUACAUGUCUAUCAGCUCGAUGGAGAGAAAAGUAUGUCGGAGACCAUGUUUCAAGCUAUUUUCUCAGCUUAUAAAGACAAUCCCGACGAUGCUAAACGUGCACGCCUGCUUGAUUUAUCGAUUCGAUGGAAUUUCCUAGAUGGUGCAAAGGAAUUACUCGAAGUAAAUAACACACAGAGAGAAAAAAGUGGUCAAACAAAGGAUAAACCAUUGUUAGGAAAAUUGUUCAAACAAGCGUUAGAACAGAACCGACCAUCUUUUGUCGACUAUUUUCUUCGCUGUGGUUACGAUCCAAGAGAUCUACCAAGUGUCAUGAGUCAAACGUCCUCGGAACAGGAACCUAUGUUCACCAAUGUAGAUACAGCAAACAAAUGUCAAAACUUCGUUCUGAGUUUAUACAAUCAUAUAAAAAAACAUGCGUACGAACAUCAUAAUAAAGAGUCAAUUAAAUUAUUUUAUGGUCCGAGAAACGAGUUGAACAAUGUUGAGUCACUAAAUCGAAGACUUAGGCGAUGGUUGGGUUCCUAUGUCGAUGUGGUUUAUGCUGCUAAGGCACAGACAUUACUAGCGAUUCCAUCGACUAGACAAUUACUCACUAAACAUUUCAAUAAUCAAGUUGCAGCUGAGAAAGGCGAAGCAAUUGUGCAGUUUCACGAUGGUACGCCGAAAAGCAGGCCUAGUAUUGACCAUAUUACGACAGUCGGCAUCACUCCUGACAACAUUGCAGACAGUAGAACGGAUUUGAAUUAUUCUCAACAAGAGAUGCUCAGAGAUUUGUUCCUUUGGUCUGUAUUUAUGGAUCUUUCACUAAUGUCGAAAACAAUUCUCAUUCAUAUGCAAGAACGGAUUUGUGCUUCAUUAAUUGCCGCGAAAGUUUUCAAAGCAUACGCCGAUGAAACACCAAUUACUGAUUUGAGAGAUCGAUUGAAUCGACAAGUGGUCGAAUUCGAAAAUUACUCAGCAAAAUGUGUCGAUACAUGCUAUGAAGUCAGCGAACCACUCGCUUGCCAAUUGUUGAUGAGAGCCGUUCCAAGGUUUGGCAAUGUUACAUGUAUGCAAGUUGCAAUAUCAGGUAAAAACGCGAAAUUUUUGGAAACAGCAUGUUUCGAUCAUGUUCUCAACCAAAUUUGGUAUUAUAAAUUGGCUCUUUCAACCAAAUCUCUCUCAUCGAAGGUUCGAUUGUUCGGCAGUAUAAUCACACUUGGUUUGCCUGCACCGUACCUUCUUGAAUAUCGAUCGAAGGAAGAUUGUUAUUCAAGUGAAAUAUUAACGGAAGAGGAGAAAAAUGCAAAAUUAUCUGAAGAUGGCAUCAUGUACGAUAUUUAUGACGAUCAGCCUAGUUUCCUGCAGAAAUUUACUAGUUUCCAUCAAACUCCCGUUGUUAAAAUGUGCUACCAUGUUAUAUCGUACAUUCUCUUUCUGCUAAUAUUCAGCUACAUGAUGCUUUAUCAUUUCGAUUCACUUGCUGUUACUAAUGGAACACUCCAUUGGACUGAAUAUGCAGUGAUUAUCGUUGUUACAACUAUGUUUUUGGAAGAAAUACGACAGAUUGUUCAUGAUUUACAUACAAAGAUGCUUGAAAAAUGGAAUACGACCACUCAUUUGAUUCUAACCAAGUUAGCCAAUCCAUUCUACGCAUUGCCAUUUCUUCUUUUCUACCUGGGAAUCUUGUUACGCUAUGCAUUUGGUAAUACACCGAGUGUAUUGUCAGCUGCACGCAUUCUCAUGGCAUUCGACUUGGAACUGUGGUAUCUUCGUUCGCUGAAAUUUGUUAUUGCACUUAAGUUUCUUGGACCUAAACUUUUCAUGCUUAGAAAUAUGUUACGAGACUUAGCUGCAUUUGUCUACAUGAUAUUCAUUGCGAUUGCUGCAUAUGGUGUUGUUUCUCGUGCGUUGUUUAUGUAUAAGCAAGUACCAUUUACAGGACGUGGAAUAUUCGAAAAUAUAUUCUAUCCGCCGUAUUGGUUUAUCUAUGGGAAUCCAAAUGAUACGACAACACUGGAUAAUAUCAUACAUGAUGAAAAUAGUUCAUUUAUUGCCGAAGCAACUGCUACACAUGUCCUACUAGCUUUUCAUAUGUUAUUUAUUAAUAUUUUGUUGCUCAAUUUGCUCAUCGCUGUUUUCACCCGUACGAUUGACGAAGUUCAAGAACAUACGGAAUUCUAUUGGCGUUUUCAGCGUUACUCAUUCGUACGUGAAUAUUUCGAACGGCCAUGGUUAGCAUAUCCGCCAUUGAUAAUUAUUCCACAUUUGUGGAUUGUGGGUCGUGCAUUGUGGAAGAAAUGCUGUUCUUCGAAGCACUACGAUGCUCGAACGGAACAUCAUUCUGUUACAACGCCGAUUUUCAAAAUGGUCCCAUUAAAUCGCAAGAUAUUCCACGAACGAUGGAAUAAAUUCGAGAAUGCCGCAACGUAUAGUUAUGCUCGAUCUAUCAUCAACUUUGAAAAUACGAGCAAGUCGAAUCAACAGAGAAAAUCAGCAGAAUCGACAACUACAGUACAAACACAGGAAGAUAUGCAAAGACAAUUAAAUGAAAUUACCAUCGCACUGAAGCGUCUUACAGAAUCAUUAGUACGAUCGGACGUCAAUGCUCAAUCAAUAUCACAAACAUGA